CUCUUUCCAUUUUAGCUUCAAUUUAGAAUCACAGAGACAGAGGCAGAAGUGUCCCAACUGAAUGAAACAGCUGUUCGUCUUCCCUAGUAUAUGUUUCAUUUUUCUCGGAUUAUCUGCUUUGUUCCGACUUCAUCUUCACUAGCAGCAGUCUACUUAUCCGCGUAAUGGGUGGCUGUGUCUCGGUACAUAGUGAGAAGGUACGAUCUAGGUCGCACAAAAGACGCUUCGGCGGAUUCCGCAAGCGCCAUGGAAAGAUCGUCUCUUCAGUUCCCAAUGUACGUGUGAAAAGGACGAGUGAUGCCGGGAGUCAUAUGGCAGAUUUUGCUGUUAGUGAAUAUGUUCAUCUCGACUUCGAGAAGGGUGCUUCAACCACCUGCAACUGCAAGCACGCGGAGAUGUCUAACAUGUCAUUCCAUCUGACGCAGCUACAAUGGAACCACAAUCAAAUGGAUGCCAAUGGAAGAUGCCAAGAGGAAGUAUGGUUCGAUUCUGUUAGCAUUAUCGAGUCCGAGUCAGAUGAUGAUUCCGGAAGUGUAUACGGAGAUGCAUUUUCUUCAUUAGCGAAUAUCUCAAAUGCACAAGUGCUUCAGUACGAAAGUUCAUGCUUCGUUGAAAAUGGCUCCACCUAUUCAGGAGAGAAAACUCAAGAGAGCCAAAAGAAAUCGACGGUUAUAAUGGUUUCCGCAAAGACGAAAUCUUUCGUAGGUGCAGCUGAGAGAUACAUAUACCGUCCGAGAGCUGGACUUAUAAUUCCUUGCUCACGAGGGAAACCGACUGAAGGAAGCUGGUCAGAGAUUUCACCUUCACUUUUUAAGCUCCGAGGAAAGAAUUACUUCCGAGAUAAACAGAAGUUACCUGCUACAGAUUGUUGUCCAUAUGUACCAAUCGGUGUCGGUUUAUUCAUCUGCCCUCGGAAAGUGAAUCACAUCGCUCAGCACCUCGAACUACCACAUGUAAAACCGCACGAAAAAGUGGCUGCCCUGCUAAUUGUUAAUAUACAGGUUCCGACUUAUCCGGCAAGCAUGUUUCUUGGUGAUGCAAAUGGGGAAGGCUUGAGCCUUGUCUUAUAUUUUAAGGUCUCGGAUACUUUUGACAAAGAUAUAUCCCCUCACUUCCAGGACAACAUAAAGAAAUUUAUUGAAGAUGAAAUCGAUAAAGUUAAAGGGUUUGCAAAAGAGUCCACUGUUCCUUUCAGAGAGAGGCUGAAGAUUUUGACCGGUUUAGUUAACGCAGACGAGCUUCAGUUAGGUAGUACUGAAAAGAAGCUUGUUCAAGCCUAUAAUGAUAAGCCAGUUCUUUCACGCCCCCAACAUAAUUUCUAUAAGGGACCAAAUUACUUCGAGAUCGACCUCGACAUACACAGAUUUAGCUACAUAUCUAGGAAAGGGCUUGAAGCAUUUCUAGACCGCAUGAAAAAUGGUAUCAUUAAUCUGGGUUUGACUAUUCAGGCACAAAAACCAGAGGAAUUACCAGAGCAAGUCUUGUGCUGUUUGCGGUUGAAUAAGAUAGAUUUUGUAAAUCAUGGCCUAAUUCCUACCAUUGUCACUGUCAAAGAUGAUUAAAAUGCAAGAUUUCAAAACAACAAUUCAACAAACAAAUCAGU